UCACCACUGAAAACAAAAAAAAAAAAAAAAGAAGAAAAAAAAAAGACUUCAAAAAUGAAGAACGUUUCCUUUAAGCUAUUUUUAUUUGUUGCUCUUCUCUUCGUUGUCUUCCGACAAGAUCUUGCAACAGCCAAGAAAUGCGAGAGAAACUCUGAGUGUCACGGCUUAGAAACUUGUGUGGGAGGUCUUGGAUAUUGCGUCAAUGGUACUUGCAAGUGUCUACCAACACCAACGAUGAAUACGAAAUCAAUCGAUGUGAAUCAUGAAGGAAUAUGUGAUACAUACCUCGAAUGUGGAGGCUUGGCAUGCCCUGAUUAUCGUAGGGCUUGUUGUAUAAAUGAUAAAUGUGCUUGUCGUAAACCAGGCCAAAAUGUUCCCAACUGCCCAAAUUAAAUCAUGUUAAAAUUUUCAUUGUUAUAAUAAAUCCUAGUUAUAUGUUCUAUCA